AUGCCCAAGCUCGAACAUGUACCAUCCGUGUCCUCACGGCCAAUGGAACAGCUUGACCCAUCUCCUGUAGAUGAAGAGGCACCCAUACUCGAUGAUUCCGAUUUAAAAGCUGAACAUGUAGUCAACCCAGAAGACCUAUCAGAAAAGCAGCAUCCGACGUACUUCCCUCCAUCAGGCGGCACUACCAACAAUGUAGGCGUUCAAUACUCUCGGGUUCCAACCAUCCUCCUCGCUCUGCAGAAAUAUAGCACGAUCGCUCCUACACUCUAUCUGAUAGGACAUUACGCAAACACUGCAGCCAUACCCUUGUUCACUCUGUCUACACAGAAAGCCGAGAACUCGCUUCUACUCACACGCCCAUACUACCAGUCCUUUCCACUAGAACCUCUACUCAUCUUUGCGCCAAUCGUCACACACGUCCUCUCCGGGCUAUCAUUAAGAAUAUACAGGCGGUUUCAAGCUGCCAAGAGAUAUGGUGCAGAGACACACGCCGAGCGUGCCAAAAUCACAAAAGCGCUCUGGCCCAAGUUGAGCUUGACAAGUGCUCUGGGUUAUGCGCUUUACCCAAUGAUGGCUGCGCAUAUAAUAGUUAACAGAAUCACACCGCUAAAGGUGCACGGCGAUUCGAGUUCUGUUGGUCUACGAUUCUUUUCGCAUGGAGUGAAGAGACACCCCUGGCUCGCGAGCUUGGGAUACACGGCGAUGGUCAGUGUAGCAAGCUGGCACUUUGUUGGUGGCGCGGCGAAAUACCUGCGCUUGACGAGGGAGUACGUGACAGAAGGUGGAGAUUAUGGUGUACGGCAGCGUAGGGUUAGGACGAGGAUGCUGAAUAUCGUCAGUGGCCUUGUUGCCGCAGUCUGGGCUCUGGGAGGUAUAGGUGUCAUCGGCAGAGGCAUUGGCACCCCGGAAGCAAGUGCAUGGGAGAUCAAGCAAUGGGACGAGGUCUAUAGGGCUGUUCCCGUGGUGGGUGGAAUGAUGUAA